GUUCGCAGUACAUUUGAACUGAGACGGCAGUCGGUUGGAUCAUACGUUCCUUCAACUAAAUUCGAGUUGUUUGAAAUAGUUAUAAAGGAUACAUCGCCAAUGGCCCACAUGGAGUACAAUCGUCGCGAUGCGCAGGCAGAGGGAUUGCAGCUGGGUGGUGGUGGCGAUGCGGACAACAGUGGACUCAUGCGACGCACCGCCGCACCACCGAUAUCAGCGGUGCAGCCGCUGGUGGUGGAGCCACCACUGCCACCUGCCCGUUCCAUGAGAUCAUCCAACCAGCAGCAGCAGCAGCUGCCAGUGGCUCGAGAUCCCUUGGCCAGCCGAGAGGGAAGCUGUGUGGGAUCGGAGAUGGUGCCGGCACAUCCGUGCAACCAGGUGCCCGUCCAUGGGCGACCCAAUCAGCUGGUGCGCUUCUGCCUGCGGGUGGGCUACAAUGCACUGCUGUAUCCCUACGAGAUGGCCAAGGUGCUGAUCCAACUGGGCCACGAGCCGCUCCAGGCGCGGCCCUUCUACCUCCGGCUGUUUCAGCGGCGGCCACGCCUCUUCCUGCCCAGCGUCCAUCGCUAUGUGCAGCACGUGCAGCAAAUGGAUGGCUACACCGGCAUGUACCGUGGGCUGACCGCCCGCCUGGCCGGCAGCAUAGUGGACUACUUGCUGGGCGACCUGCUGCUGGCUGCCCUGCGCUUUGCCCCCUACAAGCGGAGCCCCGGGCAGGGACUAACCCUCAAGGAGCUCGCCUGGAACCUGACCAGGGACAGCCUGCGUCUGGCCACCGCAGUGGCCCUAUCGCAUCCCUUCUACGUGGUCAUGGUGCGCCAGAUAGCCCAGUUCGUUGGUCGCGAACGCGUCUACGAGGGACUCCUGGCCAGCCUGAUGACGCUGGCCCAGCAGCAGGGCUGUGCUGGCCUGUUCGCGGGCAUGGUGCCGCGCCUCCUGGGCGAGUGGAGCGUCCUUGUGGCGACGAGCGCCCUGAGCCACCUCUGCCGCCGCCUCCUGCCGAUGAGCCACACGCAGCAGCAGUACAAUGCCGUGGUCAUCCAGAUGCUGGCCAGCCUGGUGGCGUAUCCUCUGGAGGUCACCUCCGCCUGCAUGGCCGGCGCCGGCGCACCACUGGCCGCCUGUGAGCCGCCGAGCAUGCCGCUCUACAACCACUGGGUCGACUGCCUCGCGGAUCUCUACGCCCGCGGUGCCCAGAACCGCGGAGCCGUGCUCUUCUGGCGCACGGUGCCCAGGAUGCAGUUGCUGCGCCACAAGGAUGCCAAGUUGGGUUAGGUGAAUAUGGAGGAGAAGCUGUAAAGUGGUGGGGAAUGAGGAGCUCAGAGGUGAGGAAGUAUCAGUGGAGUGGAGAGUUCAAGGGGAAGAAUAGAUGAGGAUAUGCAAGCUAAGUAUGAGUUAUGAAGAAAAGAAACAUGGAAGAAACUGAAGGAUAGAACUACAGGAUAGAACUACAGGAUAGAACUACAGGAUAGAACUACAGGAUAGAACUACAGGAGAGAACUACAGGAUAGAACUACAGGAUAGAACCACAGGAUAGAACUACAGAAUUGAACUACAGGAGAGAACUACAGGAUAGAACUACAGGAUAGAACCACAGGAUAGAACUACAGGAGAGAACUACAGGAUAGAACUACAGGAUAGAACCACAGGAUAGAACUACAGAAUUGAACUACAGGAGAGAACUACAGGAUAGAACUACAGGAUAGAACCACAGGAUAGAACUACAGGAUAGAACUACAGGAUAGAACUACAGGAGAGAACUACAGGAGAGAACUACAGGAUAGAACUACAGGAUAGAACUACAGGAGAGAACUACAGGAUAGAACUACAGGAUAGAACUACAGGAUACAAGGAUACUUUUGGAUCGUGAAGAAAAUUAGAAGUUAAUAAAAUGAACAGAGAUGAAUGAGGAGUGGGAAGAGCCUAGAUAUUCCAAAGAAUUUUGUUAGAAGAACAUUUAGUAUGGAAAGCAUAGUACAGAAGAGUCACGGAACUGGAAGAUUGUGGAUAGCGGAACAACCAAAGGCUCAUCAGGAUCAUCGUGUAAUGAUCAUGUAGUAAUGAUCGUAGUAAUAAUAAUAAUAACUAUUAAAUGCAGUUUUCAACCGUUG